AUGCAUCCAGCAGCUGUAUGGCCGGCCACACCUGCCGGGUGGGGUGAGGAGAGUGCCCCUCCCAGGGGGCCAGAGCCUGCUCUGCUCAGACUGGGGGCUGUGAGACACUUUAAAGGAGGGGCGAGAAGGCAGAGAGAUCCGCCAAGCGGCCACGUGGAGGUCCUGAGCGAGCGGCAGGCAGGGGCGGGGGGCCGAGGGGCCCGCCGUGAGCUCGCCCCUCCCGUUCGAGGGAGCCUCCGAGAGUCGGUCGUCGCUGACCGCAGGCUGCAAGAGCGGUUGAUCUGCCUCCCCGCCGCAGCCUGCGAGUGCGCGGUGGGGCCCGGGCCAGGCGCUGGCCCCGGGACCGCCGACGGCGGCUGCGCGACCCCAGGGACGUGCGCCCAGGCCGGGUGGCCCCUGCAGCCCUGCGCGGUCCUCAGUCUUAGAGCACCCAGACCUUCCCAGCCCCCACCUGAGCCCUGGUGUGGAACCCCAGGCGUGUAUGGGGCCUGGAGUAGCACAGUUGGGGGUGGGGCAGGUGGUGUCGCUGCAAGAGGGAGAAGGAGCCGCCCAGGCUGCCGCCCAUGCCCCACCAGCGCUCGACCCGGGAGUCUGGAGGAGGAUAGUAGCUGGGAGCGCGCCAGCCCCAGACUUGGGAGACCUGGGAUGCAGUCACGUGACAACGGAAGCCGGGCAGAUGGGGCCAACUUCUGCGAUCCCUGGAGGAGCCUCCCAGCUCCUCGGCUCCCUUCCCUGAUCCCUUUCUUCACACCAGCCUGGAGACUCCAGGGACUCCCAGGGGUUGGCAAACCAAGCCCAGCCCUUUUGGAUAGCUUGGGAAACCCCUGGCAGGACGCCAGGGGUAGGAACAGCUGGGACACUAACCGGGUGGGAGCCCAGGGCAGGGUGGCGGAAGACGACCCCAACUGGAGCCUGACGCCUCCCUUUGUCCAGCCCCAAGGAUUUAUUCAGAGCCACGUUUUCUCCUUACCAUCCUUCUGCAGAAAGACAUCACUGAGUGCUAGUCCUGAAGGUUGCUCCGUCUCCAAACCAAGGAGGGAACAAAGGAUUUACAUGCCGAGCACCUACCCGGAUGGAAGGAGAGCCUAUCCCCCAUGUCUACCCAUCUCUCAAGCUCCACUUCAUAAAGCCUGCUUGGAACAGCGCCAGCCAAAUCUUAUUCCUCUCCCCUUCAAAUGCCCUACACACCAGGGAAAGUCCUCACCCCUGGACCGUUCCCCAUCUCUUUGCGCAGAGCAGAAGCCAGACAGAACCAGAGAUUGUGAAGUGACAAUCCUCAGCCCUGUGUGUGCCGGGAGCCCCCAAGGGCAGGCGGCCAAACUGCAGGAGGGCAGGGACCCGCAGAGGGAGCCGGGCCUGGGCUGCUGGGACAGAGCUCUUCUCAGAGGAGUUUUUCAAGUCAAUGACGAGAGAUGUUCUCAGGAUCCUCUUAUGAAGUGCUGCCCAUGACACGGACGGGUGUCAGCCACAUGCUGAGCCAUCCCGUGGUUAUGCCAGCAGGGAGACACAGCCACUGC